AUGGUUGGCCUUCGAUUACGCCCAACCUAUGCCGACCAUUGGUUGGGAGCUCAGUCCACCGCCCCACGUAAAAAUGCCUACAUCAAGUAUACGGAUGAGCUUGACAAACUGACUCCAGAGAUGGUUGAUUGGGAGCCGUACGGAUUGAUUGAUGCCAAAUAUCAGGAGAACCACUUCAGCGUCGUGUGCAAGAUUGACAGGGAUAUGAUUAAUCGUAAAAGAAAAAAGAAGCAGAAUGACUAUGAGAGAUUGUUCUCUGACUACAUCAAUAGCUGGAAUAACUCUGCUGCAAACGUGCUUCAUAAUGAUGAGCCCCACACAGACGAGAACUUUGCAGAGUACCUAAAAUGGUACAGACAGAGGACGAGGAGCAAGCUGAAGAUGAUGGCAGCUGAUUAUGCUGAUAUCAUUAACAACAUGAGUGACAGGUUGCAGGAAGUCUUGACUAUAAGCGAAAACUUUCCAAGGACAAAUGUGGAAGAACGCGCACUGGGCACCUUUCUUGAAGAGCAAGAACGGAGGCUGCGGAAUGUCGUAGAUCUCUGUAAGGCAUAUUCGUCCCAAACAAUUGGGGUGACUACCAGAGGCGAGAAUGAAGACGACGAGGAUGAAGCCCCUGCAGAAGAUGAAGCCUCUCCAGAAGAUGAAGCCCCUUCAGAAGACGAGUCCGAAGACAAUGAUGAAGCCUCUGCAGAAAACGCCAUUGCCAGUGCAGACGACGACAUAAUCCACCUCCGCCGGUCAUCAAGGGAGCGUCGUGCACCUGAUCGGUACCUUGGAGGAACACCCAUGCCUAGUCAGAGAGCUCAAGGGAGAGGAGGUCGGAAAAGAGGUCAUAAGAGAGGUCGAUUGUAA